CCCAUGGCGCUCGAAAUCCUACACACACAUCCCACAAGCCAAGCUCCGUUCCCUGCGUGACACUGACCGAUGGGGUCCACCGAGAAGCAGCAGCCGGAGUCGGUGGCUGCCACGGAGGCGUCGCCGGAGAUCAUCUUCCGGUCCAAGCUCCCGGACAUCGCCAUCACCAACACCCUCCCGCUGCACCGCUACUGCUUCGAGCGUCUUCCCGAGGUGGCCGCGCGCCCCUGCCUCAUCGAUGGCGCCACCGGCGCGGUCCUCACCUACGCUGAGGUGGACCGCCUGUCGCGCCGCCUCGCCGCCGCUCUCCGGCGCGCGCCGCUGGGGCUCGACCGCGGCGCCGUCGUCAUGAACCUGCUGCGCAACUCGGCCGAGUUCGUGCUCUCCUUCUUCGCCGCGUCGCGCGUCGGCGCCGCGGUCACCACCGCCAACCCGAUGUCCACGCCGCACGAGAUCGCCAAACAGAUCGCGGCCUCCGGCGUGAAGGUCGUCUUCACCGAGUCCAUGGCCGCCGACAAGCUCCCCGCAAACGAUGGCAGCCUCACGGUCGUCCUCAUCGAUGCUCGCCGCGACGGCUGCCUCCACUUCUGGGACGAUGUCAUGGCCAGCGUCCCCGACGACGACGACGUGAUCGCCGGGGACGACCAAGAAACGGACCCUGAGUUCGAUCCCGACGACGUGGUGGCGCUGCCGUACUCGUCCGGUACGACGGGGCUUCCCAAGGGCGUGAUGCUGACGCACCGGAGCCUGAGCACCAGCGUGGCGCAGCAGGUCGACGGCGAGAACCCCAACAUCGGCUUCACCGCCGACGACGUCAUCCUCUGCUCGCUCCCCAUGUUCCACAUCUACUCGCUCAAUACCAUCAUGAUGUGCGGUCUGCGCGUCGGCGCCGCCAUCAUCGUCAUGCGCCGCUUCGACCUCUCCAGGAUGAUGGAGCUCGUCGAGAGGCACCGGAUCACCAUCGCGCCGCUCGUGCCGCCGAUCGUGGUCGCCGUGGCGAAGAGCGACGAGGCCGCGGCGCACGACCUGUCGUCGGUCAGGAUGGUACUCUCAGGCGCCGCGCCCAUGGGGAAGGACAUCGAGGACGCGUUCAUGGCCAAGCUCCCGGGCGCUGUGCUCGGACAGGGCUACGGCAUGACCGAGGCCGGGCCGGUGCUGUCGAUGUGCCUGGCGUUCGCCAAGGAGCCCUUCGAGGUGAAGUCCGGCGCGUGCGGGACGGUGGUGCGCAACGCGGAGCUGAAGGUGCUCGACCCCGACACCGGCAAGUCGCUCGGCCGGAACCAGCCCGGGGAGAUCUGCAUCCGGGGGCAACAGAUCAUGAAAGGUUACCUGAACAACCCGGAGGCCACGAAGAACACGAUCGACGCCAACGGGUGGCUGCACACCGGCGACGUCGGGUACGUGGACGACAACGACGAGAUCUUCAUCGUGGACAGGCUCAAGGAGAUCAUCAAGUACAGGGGCUUCCAGGUGGCCCCCGCCGAGCUGGAGGCCCUGCUCAUCACCCACCCAAGCAUCGCCGACGCCGCCGUUGUCGGGAAGCAAAUCCAGCCCGAAAUCGGUGAAAUCCCGGUCGCCUUCGUGGCGAAAGCCGAAGGGAGUGAGCUCAGCGAAGAUGACGUGAAGCAAUUCGUGGCGAAGGAGGUGAUCUACUACAAGAAGAUCCGGGAGGUGAUCUUCGUCGACAAGAUCCCCAAGGCGCCGUCGGGCAAGAUCCUGCGAAAGGAGCUAAGGAAGCAGCUUCAGCAGCAGGAGGCCUAAUUUCCCCGGUGCAUACUGUUUAAUCAAACAGAACAGCUUGUGCUUGCCAUUUAUGAUAUGUUCAGAUGUUGAUAUGUGGAGGAAGAAAUCGAUUCGACCGCUCAAGGGUCAUGUUCGUUGUUGCGCAAUGUAUCUAGAUAGUGAGAGAGGAAGGCUGGAUUAAUCGAUGAUCUUGGCCGUGUUGAUGGCAGUUGGUUCACUCGUUAGGCAGACUUGUUUGGGAUUUCCAUGGUCAGUUUGUUGCCCUUUGUUACUUGGUGUUGUUCUUGUACCCCUGUAAUGUUCCUUUUAUUUUGGGAUGUUGUAAUGUUCGUUGUUGUAGAUCAACCUUAACAUUCAUGUGGAUGCAAUUGCUUUACUUAUGUUAUAUCACUUAAAUCUCAAUUUU